AUGGAAGACCCAUAUCCGGGCCAAGAGAUUACAACUAUUAACAAAAGUGAGAAACAUGAGCUGGUUAAUUGGUUGCGAGUGGACAAAACUGGAGGCGCCUGGUGCCCGAAGCAGCAGGUGGAGCGGGGGGUGCGUGAAUACCUUCAGGUUGACCUGGGUGACGUGUAUGUCCUCACUGGCGUGGAGACGCAAGGACGUUAUGACCGUGGAAGGGGCCAAGAGUAUGCCGAAGAGUACAUGAUAGAAUACUGGCGUCCAGGACUGGACGAAUGGAAGCAAUACAGCCGCUGGGAUGGAAAACAGAUCCUGAGCGGGAACAGCGACACGGCGACCGUGGUCAGCCACCGUCUGAUGCCUCCAGUUUAUGCCAGCAAGGUCAGAGUUCUGCCCUAUAGCGUCCACAGGAGAACAGUUUGUCUUCGCGUGGAAUUCCGCGGUUGUCUCGCCGAGGGAGGCAUCGUGGCUUACCAGAUGCCCGAAGACUCAGCCCGCGAAGCCGGCCAGGACCUUAGCGAUUCUUCUUACGAUGGCGUACGGCGUGAAGGUGAAAUGAUUGGCGGCUUGGGUCGACUGGUAGAUGGCGAGGUUGGUGGAGAUAACUUCAAGCUGGACAUCGGCUACGGAAAAGGUAACGGCUGGGUGGCGUGGAGAAACGACUCCUUCCCAAACCACUAUGUGCAGAUGAUCUUCGAGUUCGAUCAAGUUCGGAAUUUCAGUGCCCUUCAUAUAUUCACCAACAACUUCUUCACCAAGAAUGUGCAGGUGUUUGCAAAGGCCAAAGUGAUGUUCAGUGUGGGCGGAAGGUUCUACAACGGAAGGCCACUAGUCUAUACAUACAUGCCCGAUACCGUAUUGGAGAAUGCCAGGAAUGUGUCCAUCAACUUACACGGACGCUUUGGUCGUUUCGUGAAGGUCCAACUGUAUUUCUCUGCCCGCUGGAUCAUGAUCAGCGAAGUUGUCUUCGAGUCAGCACCACUGAUGUUAAACAUUACAGAAGAAACCGAAGCAAGUAUUAGUGAUGAUGAGUUCAUUGUUAAUUCAGCUGAUUCUGAUUCUACAUGGGAUACCUUUGAAACAAUUGCUGCGCCCAAAGAUGGUCAAGGAUAUGUAGAAGUGGUCAUUGGAGGUCUGACAGCCAUCAUGUUACUUCUACUGAUUGUUUUUGUGGUGAUCCUUGUUCUGAGUAAACGUCAAAAGCUGCAGGGCUCUCCUACCAUCCUCAGGAAUCCAUUCGGUGUUACUAUAAAUAUGAAGGACCUUCUGAUGAACCUUGCACCAGUUAACAGCAAUGGCAUGGUACAUGUGAGCAGUCACCCCACACCAGCAAGUCAGGAUCCACCAAGUGAUCCACCAUCACUCACCUUUGAGCAAUACCGCUCACCUCUGGUGAACUCAUACUAUGGACCUAACUACGCAACAUUGCGUAGCAAUACUGAUCAUGAUGGUAGCAUUUCAAUGCCAGAAGAAACAGAACGACAAGAAAGUGAUGACACGAUGACAAAAACCCCUACCCCACCUCCAGCAACAGGCAGUUUCUCAUCAUUACAAUUCCGAAGUCUUCAGACAACACCAAUAGUUGGACCUAGAUCGCAGGUGAUUAACCUCAGCAAUUACUUCCCUAGAGUUGCCUCAGACCCACCGAGCAGGAAACGAUACCACACUGCACCAAGGGAGAAGCACAGGGUACCACCCCCAGUAGUAACAUGGAACAUAGCUCCCAGCAUGGGCCACACGUACAAGUGCCGUGAAGCAGAACUUGUGCCAAUUCCACGUUACUGUCUUCGUAUGGUUGAAAAAGUCGGAACGUGCCAUGCAGGAGAGGUAAUCCUAUGUGAGACAGAGGGACUGGAAGACAUUGUGCCUGGUGUUGGGCGAAUGGUCGCAGUACGUACAUCUAAUUCUAAGUCGUCAGAAUCUGGAACUGAAGCACUAAGGGAAAUGAGAUUCCUAGCAAGUCUAAGUGACCCAAAUGUAGUGCGGGUGCUGGGAGUAUGCACAGCUGAGCAGCCACCCUGGACAGUUAUGGAAUAUCCAGACAUGGGUGACCUUGCUCAUUACCUACAAUAUAGGGUGCCCAUGACUGCUUCUAUACGUCCCGCUGCCAACUUGCAAGCCUUGAGUUACGGUUGCCUUAUCUUCAUGGCAACACAAAUUGCUUCUGGUAUGAGGUAUCUGGAAUCAAAGAAUGUUGUGCACAAAGAUUUAGCUGCAAGGAACUGUCUUGUAGGACGAGGCUACCAUAUAAAAGUGGCAGAUGUAGCAAUGUGUAGUGGUCUGUACCACAAAGAUUACAGCGAAAUUGGUAGCCGACCACCCGCACCCAUCCGAUGGUUACCAUGGGAAAGCAUUCUGCUUGACCGAUAUACAUGCUCUAGCAGCACAUGGUCAUUUGCUGUCACUCUGUGGGAGAUUCUGAGUCUUGCACGAGAGAAACCAUUCCAGCACCUUUCCAAUGAGCAGGUGAUACAGAAUGCAGAGCAUAUGUAUUAUGGUGGAGAACUACAGGUCCUUCUGCCCAAGCCAACGCUAUGCCCUGUGGAAAUCUACGAUUUGAUGUGCGAAUGUUGGAAGCGUGAUGAGGGUCUGCGGCCCACGUUUAAGGAAAUCUACAUGUUUCUUAAACGAAAAAGCAUGGGCUAUCGUCCUGGAGACUGAACAAAGUGUUUUAUUGCUAUAAAACUACAGCCUUGAUGUGUUCUUUACCUGCUCUCACAAUAAAACUGCCUAUGUGAAAACUAUAGAAAUAACAACAAUGUUGUUACUUUCAUUCUACUUUUAAAACUAACAUAAUGAUCAAGUUCAUAUCUGAUUAUUCUCUGCCCGCUGUCUAUGAAAGUAUUUGGUUGAAACACAGAAUGAAAAACUAGAAUCCUGAUUCUGGGCUUUAGAAAUGCUGCUAGCACACUUUUUAUUUGUUACAUAUCCAUCUACUUACUAUUAAAUUAAUGCAGAUAUCUAACCUCUUAUCCAGUGUCCAGGAAUCUGGAACUGAAACCAAGUAUUAUUUACACUGGGGAGUUGGUAGCAAUGGCUGAGUAAUUUUCUGGCUAGCUACUUCAUUUGAAUGACAUGUAGCCCUCCUCAGUUAAAGCCUACCAUUUUGUGCAUACAUUUGUUCUCUGCUUAUUGUCAAGGACAAGCUUAAAAACCAGUAGGAAAUGCAUUGCCUAGUGGGAGGGCUAAAAGAAAGAAUUCUGGGGUGGGUAUAGAGAAUAAGGAGUUAGUUACGAAAUUAGAAAAAAGAUGUUUCUGUGAAAUGAGUAAGUGAAGAGUCUGGGGUAGGUACAUCUACCACAUAUUAUACAUAAAUAAUGAAAAUAAUUUCAUGCUCUGAUUUCCAUUCUUAAUUUUGUACUUUAAGUGCUUGCUAGCUUGGCAUGGGUCCUAAACUUCCAACGUAAGAGAUCUGGUACUGGCAGAGAACAAUUAAUGACAAAUAAAUUAAAGAAAAAGAAGUGAUCUGUAGUUAGACUGAUGUACAGGAAUAAGUGGAGAAAGAUGAACAGAGUAAGAAAUAGACUUAAUCAUUGUACACCAACAACAUGAAGUAUUCUAGGAUUUUGUACAUAAUUCUCAGUUCUGCUUCACUUCUCCUUCAAGUACGGUGCUUCCAAUAAUCCUUGGAUUUUGGCCCUAAAUGGGAAUUGUACAGGUUAUAAUUUCUGUUUCUAGUCAUGAUCUUUGGAUAGACUGUGCAUGCAGUUGUGUGAUAAGUGUUUAUUGAAAUCACGACUACAACAUAUGUAUAAAAUAAUCUUCGUUUCUUGCAACAGAAUAUUGAAGAUAACUAUUUAUCUUCAAUGUACUGUCAUAAGCUUGCAUUAUGUAACAUUAAAUAAUGGGCAUGUAAAUAGCUGCCACAUUCCAGUGGGAAAAAAAUUAUCUUACAUAUGGGACCACGAAGUCUACCAAAACAUGUAACUUUCGCUUUUUCCAAUGCAUUUUUCAGCCCUGUUCAACAUACACAAACACACUUAACCCGUUGCCUCGUCUAAUGCAAUUGAAUAUAGCAAAAUCAAAUGCUUUCUACCAUGCUUAAUAUAUUAGAACAUAAUGCCUAAAAAGUAUGUAACUUUUAUUAUCCAUGAACAGGGGAUUUUAAAAGCCAAGUAUACAAGACUCAUUGAUAUAGCUUAACAUCAGGGGUAGAAUCAGUAAGAUUUGAGGUUUUCGUGGCAGUGACUUCAAAGAGUGCCAUCUUCUGGGAUGUGAUACUAGCGUAGUCUGA